GCAGUUCGCUUGAUAAAGUGAUCUGAAAAUUUGGUUCCAAUAGUGAAACGAUUUUCAAGUCUAGAAAUAUAUUUAUUGAAUUUUCAAGAUAAUUAUCAGAUAAAAGUGAAAUAUUUCCGAGUUGAGGUUAAGAAGAUGAUAGUUUUUGCUCUGCUGAUCCUUGUUACAACUCUUGUCUAUGUUUAUGUGAAAUGGCGUUAUACGUACUGGAGUAAACUCGGUGUUCCAUAUCCUGAACCAGUUUUCUUCUUUGGCAAUGUGCUUGAAGCAUUCACCAUGUCGUCGCAUAUCAGUUCACUUUGCGAAAAAUGGUAUAAUAAUUAUCCCACAUAUCCUUACACUGGCUACUAUAAAUUACUGAACCCGGCAAUCAAUCUUCGAGAUCCCGAUUUGAUCAAAGAUGUUUUAAUCAAAGAUCACUUUAGUUUCCAUGACAAUGAGCAACAUUUCAAUAAAAGAUUUGAUUCGUUGAUGAUGCACAAUCCAUUUGUGGCAUCAAACGAUAGCUGGAGAAAGGGUCGCACCGUUCUUACACCACUGCUAACUUUAUUGAAGGUUAAGUCAUUUCAUCCAUCCAUUGUAGAUAGUUGUGAAAAACUAACAAACUACUUAAGAACAUUACCACCAAAUGAAGAUGUCGAAGCAAAAUCUCUUAUAGCUCGAUUUGCCACUCAAAAUGUGAUGCGAUGUCUAUUCAGUUUGGAUACGAAAUGUUUUACUGAGACAAAAAAUGAGUUUCUUGAUUUGGGCACAAACAUUUUUAAGCCAACAUCUUGGAGUGGCAUCAAAUUGAUGAUAAUGUCGAUUUGUCCCAUGCUACGGGAUAUUAUGCCAUUUGGUUUUGUGCCCGCUUAUGUUGGUGAGUGGUUUCGAUGCUUUGUGAAAGAAUUGAAAGAAGAACGACUAAAAUCAGAACAGCACCAGCAAGAUUUUCUCCAAAUGCUCCUAAGUUCAGUGGAUAAAUAUGAUAUUAACGAAGCAGAGCUAGCUGGCUACGCAUUAGCAAUGUUUGUUGAUAGUUAUGAAACGUCCAGUGGUGUUCUUGGUUUUGCUAUCUAUGAAUUGGCUCGGAAUCCGGAUAUUCAAGAACGUCUUUAUGAAGAAAUAACGGAUGUAUUGGCCAAAUAUGAUGGCGAAUUCACAUUCGAGGCUCUUCAUGAAAUGAAAUAUUUAGAAAACGUGAUUUACGAAACGAUGCGCUUAGAUGUUGUUGAUGCACUCAUAAGUAAAAUUUGUACCAAAGAAUAUACUCUUCCGUUGAUUGAAGGUCAAAAGGAGCCAGUUACCAUAUAUCCAGGCACAGCGAUUCAGAUAUCAACAAGAGCAUUGCAUAUGGAUCCAAAGUAUUAUCCAGACCCAGAAACAUUUGAUCCCAACAGAUUUACAGAAGAAGAACGCCGUGAACGUCAUAAGGCUGUAUAUUUGUCUUUUGGCGAAGGCCCACGAAUGUGCAUUGGAAUUAAAUUUGCGUUGGCUCAAACAAAAGCUGGUUUAAUGUCAAUAGUUCGUGAUUUUAAAGUCACAAUAUCGCCGAACCAGAAGCCGGUUGUUAUGGAUAAUCGUGCAUCGAUAUACCAUGCACGUCAUGGGCUCAUUGUAAACUUUACGCCAAGGACAAAGACAAAGUAAUUUUUUGCACGUCUCUUAAGACGUGAAAUUAGAAUCAUUGCAACAAAAACCAUGAAAUGAUGCCAUUUUUCCCACAUACAAAUCCUUUUCCAGCGGAAAUACGUAAAAAGUAACGGAUUUUCCAACUACUAUAUUCGUAGAAUCAAUCAAGUCCAAUUCAAUAGGGCGAUAUUAUUCCAUAACUACUGAAAUUAAUGAAUUAUGUAUCAAAACUUAGAUUUAAGCUUUUUUCCUUUUUUCGAAAAAUACUAAAAACUAUCAAAAAUCCAUCAUCCAAUUUAAUUACCUCUUAUUUUACUAAAAAAAAAAAGUAUUUUUAAAUUUAUUGUCGAUUCUUGAACAAUUUUUUUAUUGUAAUAAAACACCGUUGAAAAUUCUAUCA